AAGCGUCGGGAGCUGUAAGGGUCUCCGCGUGUCCCACAGGGCGCAGUGUCUCUGUCCGGCAGCGAGUGAGGGAGAUGUCGUCCCCGCAGGCCCCGAAGGAUGGGCAGGGCGGCGGCGGCGGCGAUCCUCCCGGAGACCUCCGUAGCGUCCUGGUCACCAGCGUGCUCAACCUCGAGCCGCUGGACGAGGAUCUCUUCAGAGGAAGACAUUACUGGGUACCUACCAGCCAGCGGCUGUUUGGGGGUCAGAUCGUGGGCCAGGCCCUGGUGGCUGCUGCCAAGUCUGUGAGUGAAGAUGUCCACGUGCACUCCCUGCACUGCUACUUUGUUCGGGCAGGGGAUCCAAAGGUGCCAGUGCUGUACCAGGUGGAGCGGACACGAACAGGGGUGAGCUUCUCAGUGCGCUCUGUGAAGGCCAUGCAACAUGGCAAACCCAUCUUCAUCUGCCAGGCCUCCUUCCAGCAGGUCCAGCCCAGUCCCUUGCAGCACCAGUUCUCCAUGCCCACCGUGCCCCCACCGGAAGAGCUGCUUGACUAUGAGGACUUCAUUGACCAGUGUUUAAGGGACCCUAACCUCCAAGAGAAGUACCGAGUGGGGAUGAACCGAAUUGCUGCCAAGGAGGUUCCCAUUGAGAUCAAGCUGGUAAACCCACCCACCCUAAGCCAGAUGCAGAGAAUGGAGCCCAAACAGAUGUUCUGGGUGCGAGCCCGGGGCUAUAUUGGGGAGGGCGACAUCAAGAUGCACUGCUGUGUGGCUGCCUAUAUCUCGGACUAUGCCUUCCUGGGCACAGCACUGCUACCUCACCACUGGCAGCAUAAGGUGCGCUUCAUGGUGUCGCUAGAUCACUCCAUGUGGUUCCACGCCCCCUUCCGAGCUGACCACUGGAUGCUUUAUGAGUGCGAGAGCCCCUGGGCUGGCUUUGGCAUCCUCAUUCUUCAAAAUGACAGGGUGAAGCUCAAGGACAGGACAUCUGCUCAGUUCUAAAUUUUUAUAUAACAUGCUGGGAAUAUGAUUCACUUCAUCUCAGAGACCCAGUCCUAAUCCCAGAACCACUUCAGAUUCUAUGAACUUGAGCAAAUCUUAUCUCCCCGUGAGCCUCAGUUUCCCCAUCUAAACAAAUAGGGUUACCUUACAGCAGUGGUAUCCAAACCUGCUAUCCCAUCAGAAUGCCACUUGAAGGAGCAAAAUAGAUUCUGAUUCCACCUCCAAGAUUCUGACUCAACAGGUCUUGAUAAGGUCUAGGAAACUGUAUUUUUAAGAAGCUCCCUAAGUGAUUCUGCUGAUUAAUCUGGUUGGGGGUCAGGGCACAGUCUCUAAGGGCCUCACUACUUGGACACUCCUUGUAGGGGAUAGAGAAACCCAGACUCACUCAUCAGUGUCUAGUUUCAAACCUGGACAGAAUUUUUUUUUUUUGUCUUUUUGUGAUCGGCCAUACCGCGCUCAGCCAGUGAGCGCACCAGCCAUCCUUAUAUAGGAUCUGAACCCACGGCGGGAUCACUGCUGCGCUCCCAGCGCCGCACUCUCCUGAGUGCGCCACGGGGUCGGCCCAAACCUGGACAGAAUUGAAGGGGACUCUUUGUACUUAGGGAAUGGGUACUCUCAAGUAUCAACAGCAUCACAAUAUAAGAUAACAACCCUGAAGUUAGGACACUUGGGUUCAGAUUUGGCCUGAUCCUUGGGGCCAAGUUCCUGAGGCUCUCUGGACUUUAGUGUCAUCAUUCAGAAAAAGGGACAGUAAAUGCCUGCUUCAUCUGGCUACUGAGAACUGAGUGAGUUCUGCUAUGUCUAAGGGCAACCAACAGUUCUCUUCAUAAACAUUAAACUCAAGCCCAAGGCCAGCAAAGGAGAAAGAAUCUCCAGGUGGUGAGGGAGGGGUGGCCAGCCCUCAUGGCCUCAGGUCCCUUCCCCUGACCCCUUCUUCCCCUUGGUGGUAGUGGUGGUAUUUUUCAUGAAUUACCAGCCUGGAGGACCUGGCUUGAUUUAUGAUAAAGGGAACUGAUGGGUUUCCUAACACAAGUGACCAUAGGUGCAACAGGUCUGCUUGGCCAAGCUAUUAAAGGAGACUGUCCUCAGAGUUCCUCCCUCUGUGAUCUUUUUGAGGAAGCAAGCAGAUAUGUGAAAUUGCUUUUACACUGUUGAGUGGAGUCCCUGUGGGAGGAGUUACCCACAAUGACUGUCCAUAAUAGGCUCAUAAAGGGGCACCUGGAGAUUUGGAGGAGCUAUAACACUCAGUGUGCCCUUUUGUGAGGCAGCCCUGCCAAACCCUUUUCAAGAAGUGUGUUUGGCUAUGCUGAAGCAGAGAGAAGGCUGU